AUGGAGAAACUAAAUCUACCUGCACCUCCUAGAUCUCCUUCCCCAACACCACCAUCACCAUCAUCAUCAUCUAAUUCACAACCACCUUCACCUAGACAGCAACAACAACCACAUCAAAUUAAUAUUGGAGGUAGUAUAAGUAUUAGCAAUGGCAGUGAACACAAUCAUUUUCAACAUAGUUCAAAGCCAAAGAGAUCCUCUAAACAUUUGAUAUACAAUGAGAAUAGCAAUAAACCUACGAAAGCAUGUGUUGAACCACCACACAAUUGUCUUCAAAACGGUUCAUCAGUAACGUCUACAACAGAAAAAGAUAGUCAUCAUCAUCACUUAAAUAGUAUGAUCAAAGGAAUAAAAGGUGGAUUGUCUCAUGCCAGAAAGGACAAGAUCAAAAUCGAGUAUGAUUUGGAAUUUAGAAAAUUAUUGAAUCUUCCGAAUGACCUGGUCGGUCAGAAUCUCACUUUGAAGUGGAGUCGUGGAAAGAAGAAGAAGGGAGAAACCAAGGACUACAAGGUUUUGAAACCAACUAUCCCAACGAUUCCAACGAUUCCAUCGAUUACUCUGACCUCAAGUGAAGCAACUUCUACACUACUCGGUAAUUCUUUGCCAAAUACAACUACCUCCAAUAGCAACAACAACAACAAUAGCACUACUACUGCAUCUUCAAAAUCAUCAUCUUCUCUACCGACAACUUCAACUUCAUCGACAUCGUCUCUCACCUCACCAGUUUCAACAUCUCCAGCCAAACAACAUGACUCUUUCACAAGAAAACAAGCGAAAUUGUUACUGGGCAACAAAAUAGAUGGAUCCAAUACACUGGCCAGUGGUGAAGGUUACAUCUCAAUGAAUGAAAAAGUUAACCUCAGGAUUACACUCUACGCAGAGACACAGAUUAAAGAUAACAAUAUUUCAACUAAUUUCGAACAAAAGUUGAUGACUCUUAGUUUAUUAUUGAAAAAUACUACUCUUUGUUCAACAACUAUCGAUUUGUCAUUACAUACAGAGGAUAAUGGAAAGACACCAAUCGAUGUACCAUUCCCUUCCUCAUCUUCAGUUCAACCAUCUAUACAGCUGGCAAUUAAAACAAAUUAUUUAAAAUAUAAUGAAAAGAAAAUUAUUAAAACAAACCCAGAAGUUAUUAAAUCAAAGGAUAUCAAUAUAAAUCCACCCAAUGGUGCAAACAAGUUGAUGGAAAUUCAAGGUGAAGUCUAUUUCGUUGGCAACAGUAUCAGUGUCGAAAGCAAUCUUGCUGGAAAGAGCAGCAGCAGUGGAAGCAGUAGCAGUAGUAAAACUCUAGAUAUCAAUAGCGGUAGCAGCAACAAGGACAAGGAAACUGUAAGUGGCAAUGCAAGUGAUUCCGAUCCACAUACAGAGACCAUUACAAGAAGUACCAGUUGGGACGACGAGAGCGAAGAUACCUUCCAACUGUCGACCAAGGAAGCACUCGCCAAGAAGAAUGUGGAGCUGAAUGAGAUGUCAGAGAAACUCAACAAGUAUGAAUCGCAAAUCAAGCAACUCGAGUGUCAGAUCGAACAGAAGAAUACCGAUAUUCUCUCGCUGCGACAUGUCAUCGAUGAGAAUCAAGCGCAGGUUCUCAUCUACGAGGAGAACGUCCAUCGCUACAAAGUAUUAGAGGAGCGUGCCACCAAACAGCUGAUCAGAGAACGUCACGAGUUUGCUCAGUUCAAGAAUGCUGCAGGUAGUGGUAGUCAGUCAUCGUCCAACGCCAGCAGUGAGCAACAGACUUCUACUUUGGACAUCCGUGACUUUGAGAAAGAACUGGAGAUUGCUAACCAGCACAACGAAACACUCAAAGAAAAGUUGGAAGAGAUGGAAGCUGAGUACGCCGAAGAGAAGAAGAAGCUGUUAGAGAGCAACGAUACAAUGCAACUGUUGUAUGAAGAUACCAAAGAGAAGCUCAAAGCUCUUAGAGUCACUCUGGAUGGAGAGAUGAAAACCAACAACUCCAAACUACUCCAAGAAAGUGAACUGAGAAAGCGAAUCACACAACAAAUCGAAGUUGAAAACACUGCCAAAUUGUCAACAAUGUCAACUCAACGUAAAAUCUUUAAUAAUCCAUAUAUUGCUUGGGCAAUCGCUUUUAUCUGUUUAAUUAUGUUAGAUCUACUCUCUAACAGUCUAUUCCUAAUAGAAUGUGGUGAAAGAGUGUGUACCGAUAAGAACAUACGAUCUAAUGGUGUCAAAUAA